AUGAAGAUCGCUUUUGCCCCCUUGAAAGUGCCGGUGCGCCGGAGACUGCAGACGGCGGCGGUGCUGCAGUGGGUCUUCUCCUUCCUCGCCCUGGCACCAACCUGCGUCCUCCUGUUCUUUUACCUGCUGUUCACCCGCUUCUGGCUGAUCAGUGUGCUGUACUCCAUCUGGUUGUACUUUGACUACGACAAACCUGCACGUGGAGGCCGCAGGGUGUCCUUGUUCUCCGGCCUCAAAAUGUGGAAAUACAUGCGGGAUUACUUCCCCAUCAAGUUGGUGAAGACGGCUGACCUCGAUCCCAGGCACAACUACAUCUUGGGCUUCCAUCCCCAUGGCGUGCUGGUGGCAGGAGCCUUUACCAACUUCUGCACCUACACUACAGGCUUCAGGCAGCUGUAUCCCGGCCUUACCAGCUACCUGCUCAUGUUGCCCCUUUGGUUCAGAGCCCCGUUCUUCAGAGACUACAUCAUGUGUGCAGGUCUGAUUCCCUCGGACAAAGAGAGCGCCAGCUAUCCUCUCUGCAAAAGAGGCGGCGGUAACGCUGUGGUGAUAGCAGUCGGUGGGGCCCAAGAGGCCCUUGACGCCCACCCUGGGUCCUACAAUGUACUAUUGGCUGAGAAGAAAGGCUUCAUCAAAAUGGCGAUGGAGCACGGUGCUCAUCUGGUGCCGGUCUUCUCGUUCGGGGAAAACGAACUGUUUGAUCAAGUGGGAAACCAAAGAGGAACCUGGCUUCGAUGGACACAGGAGCGGCUACAAGCAAUGAUGGGUAUCUCCCUGCCUCUCUUCCAUGCACGUGGCGUUUUCCAGUACUCCAUUGGUCUCAUGCCCUACAGAAGACCCAUCAGUACCGUAGUCGGGAGGCCAAUUAGGGUGGAGAGGAAUGAGAAGCCAUCGGCCGAGCAACUCAAUGCCCUCCACCAGCUGUACAUGGACGAGCUCAGCAAUCUGUUUGAGGAGCACAAAGGCAACUACGGAGUGGACGAGGACACACACCUGAACUUUGUCUAAACGGGACUGAUGACGGAGCGGAUUCGAAUGCAUAUUUAUUACUGAACCUCUGGUCUGCAGGCUCUCCAACUGGCCUGUUAAUUAAAAGAGAAAUACACUGUUGACACGAUGCUGUACCAGUUUAUAUAAGGGAGCAUUCAACAACCAUGUGAGGGAAGAGCAACCACAAUUGACAUGAUUCUGUAUCCAUAACUGAGACCUUGCUGCUGUCUUUUGCUAGGGCAGUGUGGGAAAAGGUUCAGAGGGAGGUCUGACAACACACACUUUCAUCACCAGCUCCCAGUGGUGGCAUCUGUCUGGGGUUUGGGCCUUUGUGCAUGUCCUAAGACUUUCUUAAACAGAGUCAGAGGUUGCCUUUUGGUUGCUACAUCAUAUGGAGACGCUGCAUU